CGAGGCGAUCCUCAGCUAGGUGCACUUUUGGACGAAGUACGCGCCGGAACUCAGACCACAGAGGACCUUGGCCUGCUCAACACCAAGCUCAUGGUCCGUUCCCAGAUCACCUUCAAAGGUGGUUUGCGCGCCAUAACACCGCUCAAUCGCAACCGGUGGAGCCUCAACAUGGAAGCCGUCGUAGACUGGGGCCGCUUUCACCGGAGACACAUCUCGGUCUUCGUCUCGACCCACACCUGGCACAGUCGAGCCUUAUCACAGCAGGAGGUGGCCCAGGCCAUCGAACAAGGCGACAAUUCCAAUUGCAAGAUCCCCGGGGUCUUUUUCUACGCCCAGGGUAUGCCUGUCGUUGUCAACAAGAAUACAUACACCGGCCUGAAAGUUAUGAAUGGGGCGGAGUUUACCACCACGGACAUCGUUCCCGAUCCGAAAUUCCCUGGUUACCAUCUUGCGGACGACAUGAGCAUCCACUUCGGUCCGCCACUCGGCAUAUUGUUAGAGUCGCAAGAUACAAGGGGUCUAGCCAUCCCAGGCCUUCCAACGGGCACCGUGCUCAUCCGGCACAUCACGCAUACCCUCGAUCCAGCCAAUCCCCACUACAGAUUCUUGUCGGGGAAAUGCUCUCGCCGGGGGUUGCCAGUUGUCCCGGCAUUUGUCCUUACUGACUAUAAAGCUCAAGGCAAGACUUUUGAGGAGGUACUGUUGGAGCUGCGAGGAAACCGUAUGACAAAUGGUCAGCCUUCGAAAUGCGACUUUACCAGCCUCUAUGUUCAACUAUCCCGGUGCAGAACACUACAAGGCAUCAAGCUUCUCAGUCCCCCAGAUCAAGGCAUAAUUGAUGCCAUGCAGAGGCUGACGAGUUGGGAUCGCAGGCCUUGA